AUGGGCGAGAGGCACUUCGUGUGGGAUGAAAUUUCGGAAGGAUUAAUUUUAUCGAGUGCGGCAAAGGUAGAGGACGAGCAAGCGAAGCGACGAAAGAAGCUAGUUGCCGCAGUCCAAACAUCGGAGAUUUAUUGCCCACACGCAUAUUUAAUUCUGUGCUACCGGGAAAUGUUAAAUGACAGUGAAAAGCUCAGAUUCAGGAAACAUUAUCUGCGAAAAGUGACGCCGGACGAGCCGGACAUCAUUAUCCUGCAGGACAUCAAGGAUCUCGUGCUCUUCCUACUCGCGACAUCCGUCAGCCCGCAAUUCAUAAAUUUCCUUCAUCUGCCGGUUGUUGACCGAUUUCUGAGGGCACUAAUCAUCUACUUUCAACGCUUCCUGGAGAUAUGGGAAGACCUGGUACACGAGCGGGCGGCUACCAUGAAGAAGGCACCAAAUCCACUGGCACGCGGGCACAGGUCCCGCUACGCCGACGAAAUGCACGCCUUCCGCUGCGUCCUAGGGAGGGAAUACGCGGAUCUGCUGCUGGGCUGCCGAGAUGGACCUCGCUAUCAUCAUAUGAUGACCGGCGCGAGACGCACGGCCACGCAAUCACAGGGCGAGAAGGAUCUACGGAUCUACGAGGCGUUCAUAAGUGUGGCUCAUCGAAUCGUGUGGAUAGCGUUGCAGCGCAAACAUUUUACCCUGAUCGAGUUGGAGCUGCACAGGCUGCUCCGAACCGAGGCAUACAACACCGCGCAAAGACAAAGCAGCAGUCGGUUUAUUGAGGACAUGCUGCAGGAUGAUAUCCGUAUACUGCAUGGUCCUAAGACGAUAUUGAAAAGUCGAAAAUUACUCAGAAAUUCGCCUUUGCCUUACGAGCUGAUGUACGGGGAUUGCGAUUAUCGUCUCCUAUCAUUAGGGGUAGUAGAUAUCGACUUCCAUCAUCCGAAAAUUGCCUAUCUGAGGAACGCUCUUCUUGUCGACGAGGAGCUAUUAUCUCAGUUGGGGAUCAAAGUAGGAAUACUAGGCCAUAAUCGUUCGGAUUACGACUUAAUGUUAAUGCCGUACGAAUCGGAGGAGAAGCCGGCAGAACUAACAGAGACCGAUUUACUCGAAAAAUCUCGUAAGACGCGAGAGAGUAUCUUUGUACCUAAAAUUUUGGAACAAAUAAGAGAGAUCGAAAGGUUGCCCGAGGAAUUAAUCGAAGAAUUUCCAGUAAGGGAGAUUCAGGAAGUGCACGAGAAAUACGAUAGAAUUCGCGAAAAAGCCCGAAAAAAGUGGAUUCUUCGAGAGAUAAAACGACAUAAACGCAAAGCGGUUGACACUUACUCUAUAGCGACAACCUUAGACUGAAAUAUCUAAAAUAUAGAAUAAAGAAAUGUUACAUGUAUACGACACGGUGAGAAUUUCAUAAAAAAUUAAAAAUGGUAUUUAUAUACAUAUUGACGGAUAAGUUCUAAAUUCUAAUAUCAAUAAGGAUGAAUAACGAAUACAAUAUUUUUGAUUCUUAUCUAUCGAUAUAAAAAUAAAAUACGCAAAAAUCUAGUUGUUCCAUCAAACCAAAACAUUAAUGUUAGGAUGUGAACGACAAGGAUAGAGAUACAAACUGAACGCUAUAACACAAUGUAAAAAAUAUGCUUAUUAUAAUUGCUGAUGCCUAAUCGGAAGUAAUAAUAAUGCUGAUAUUUUACAAGAAGAUACACAUAUAGAUACAUUUUAAGCAAUGUGUUACGAUUAAAUUCGGCAUUGUCCCGUCCAUAAAUAAUUACCGCUUCUAUCUAAUCACUACACCGCUAUAUACGUAAUAACAAUACAUACGACGUAAUUUAAUCCCCAAUGUGGGAGAUCAACAUGCAAAUUGUCCCGUCUCCAUUUGCAUCUACGUGCAUGAUAAACUCAUUGUUUGCGCUUUUUUGCAAUUGUUCACGUUCGGCUAAACGUUCAUUACUUGAAGUGCGCUUUGCUCCAGUGCGACCCGUUAUUUUCUCUUGAAUACGCAUAUAAUAUCGCAAUGUAAAAGAAAGAAAAAAAUAAAGAAAGAAAAGAGAUGUCCUCAACGUUUGGCACAGCGAUUUUGAUAAUAAAAACCGGAUUUUAUAAACAUCUAUCAAUCAUUUCACAUACACAUAUAAUGAGUAACGUUUUUUAAGUGUUUUAUUUCAUCGAUAGCUAAUCAUGUAAUGUACGAGUUUCCCGUCCCGUCAUGCUAUUACGAUAUGUAUCGAGAUUAUGAUAAUUCACAGUAUUUGCGUCCGUUUUACAUUACUAUUAUUAUAACAAUGUACUGUAUGUUGUGCGGUACUUUAGAAGUCAGAUGGCAGUAAGCAAUUCCAAAGCGACUCGUACUGAUCUAGUUUUACUUUCAGAAUCUGUGCCAUUAUAAUCUUCAUAAAAAAA